AGGGACAAUGGGAAUUCGAAGGGAUUCCCCCAGGAACUCACUAAAGAAGAAGACUACUCUCAAGCACCUCUUUGAGCUAGAUUCCAAGCCUUAUGUCGGAAGGCCCCUUUCGAGUCCCAGUGGUGGUGGUAUCGACUCCAAACACAAAGAAUUCCUAUCGGCUAUCUCUGAUUGCAGCUUGGUUUUCACUUUUACCGACCCUCAGGAGUCACCUUCGCAGCAGGAUCUCAAGCGCCUCAGGCUCAUCCAACUUGUCUCUUUGCUCAAAUCUUUGAGGAAACCGUUGCACGAACACCUCGUCUCACGUCUCGUAUCGAUGGUGUCCGUCAACCUUUUCAGGCCACUCCCUCCGCCUUCGAAUAGCACUUCCAUUAUCUCUGCUUUGCCCGAUGACGACGAGCUUUCGACUUUCACACCUCUAUGGCCUCACUUGCAGCUUGUUUAUGAUAUUCUUCUUAGGCUUGUUGUUAACUUAGACCCCAAGAAACUUAAGGAUUACAUCGAUCAUCGGUUCAUUCGCAAUCUUCUCUUCCUCUUUCAAUCCGAAGAUCCUCGAGAAAGAGAAGGGUUGAAGAAUGUUUUCCAUCGUAUAUAUUCAAGAUUCACUUCCUAUAGAUCGUUCAUGAGAAAAGCUAUGAGCGAUCUAUUUUUGCAUUACAUUUUUGAGACCGAAAGGCAUUAUGGGAUCGGCGAGCUGCUCGAGAUAUGGGGAAGCAUCAUCAAUGGCUUCGGGGUUCCGUUAAAAGAGGAGCACAAGCUUUUCUUGAUGAGAGUGCUUCUUCCGUUGCACAAGGCCAAGGGCUUGCAGGUUUGCCAUAGGCAAGUGGCCUAUUGUGUCACGCAAUUCGUGCAGAAAGAGCCUGCACUUGGAGGAAUCGUUGUUCGGAGAAUUCUAAGGUACUGGCCGAUCACCAAUUGUCACAAAGAAGUUUUACUCAUCGGAGAAUUGGAAGAACUUGUUGAGAAUAUCGAUCCCGAUCAGUACCGAACGUUGGCAGUACCCUUAUGCUCUCGAAUUACAAGAUGUUUGAAUAGCUGCAACUCACAGGUAGCCGAGCGAGCGAUGUACGUGUGGAACAAUGAGCAGUUCGUGAAGAUGGCAUCCGCGGCCAAGGAAGAAGUGUUUCCGGUGGUAGUACAAGGCAUGGAGAGCAACCUAAAGGUGCAUUGGAGCAAAAGUGUAAAGCAAUUAACAGAGAAUGUGAAGAGCAUGUUGGAAGAAAUGGAUCCAACUCUAUACGAAAAGUGCCUCCGAGAAAUCGACGGUCGGGAAUCCGAAGCUCGCCGGGAACAAAUUAAGCGGCAACAGAGAUGGACUGAAAUAGAAAUGGCCGCAGCAAAGCCGAACCACUUCCUUCAACCUACGAAAUCUAUAUAUGUUUCUUCUCAUUGAAUUGAAUUGCAAGAUCUGAUUCAGAACCAAUCAAUUAACAUCAAAUCUUACU